AACUUUUAUGUUUCAACUCGAUCGUCGGUAAAGGCUGGCGCUGUUAUCGUGCUUAGCUGGGUCUCGGUGGACGCCAGCGGCCCAGCUUUCAAGGCCGACCUCCGUUCCAUUCCAACUGCACAGCCAUGGAUGACAUGAUAUUCCAGCUGAGGUUCAGCUGCAAGCAACUGGAGCGGCUCUCGAAGCGCGCCGAAAAAGAUGAGAAGAUCCAAAAGGCCAAGAUUAAGAAGGCCCUCCAGCAGGGCAACGUCGAAGGCGCCCGAAUCUACGCCGAGAACGCGAUACGCAAAAAGAACGAGGGCCUCAACUACCUGCGUAUGGCUUCCAAGGUAGACGCCGUUUCCUCCAAGAUCAAGAGCGCCAUGGCCAUGAAACAGGUCACCAAGAACAUGGCAGGCGUGGUCAAGGCACUCGACAAGGCCAUCAACUCGAUGGACCUACAGAAGGUGUCUGCAGUCAUGGAGAAGUUUGAGCAGCAGUUCGAGGAUCUGGACGUGAGGACGGCCGUUUUGGACGAUGCCAUGGGCACGGCGACGACCACCACGACCCCAAUGGCCCAAGUUGACCAGCUCAUUCAGCAGGUAGCCGAAGAGAGCGGGCUGGAGAUGAUCGACGAGGUGAACAAGGCGGAACUGGCACCGUCGGACUCGAUCGCCACGACGGGAAGACCGCAGGCCGAGGAAGACGCCCUCACCAAGCGGUUGGCGGCUUUGAGGGAGUGACAGGCGUUUUACGUUGGUAACUUGUUUAUAUUUUAAUGCACGGGAAAUGUUGGGACACUACAGUCUCCGUAGCUUGCGGUUGGCGCGCUGCACUGUGCUGACAGCUGCUGAGUUUCAAACACAAAGAAAAAUCCGUUUGGGUUGGAAUGAUCGAGUCUCGGUAGAAGGUCUGCCAGUACUGCCAAUGAUCGAGCUUUCGUCGGUGCUAACCAUGUAGCUUUAGGCUGACCAACAAGCUUCUUUGGAAGUUAGCGGAACAGGCACCUGUUUGCUUUUUCCGAGCACAAAAGCUAUAGUAUUCUUUUUUUUUCUUUUUUUUUUUUUUUUUCAAAUCCACUGCUGUUGUUUUUCAGAAAGUGAUCUUCAGUAGAACCCGCUUGAAUGCUUUGCUCUCCUGUGCUGGACUUGCGAUAGUUUCUUUUAUUUUCCAGGGUCUGGGCCAUGGAGUUUGCUCAGUGUUGGGAUGUCCCCGUGAUCUUAGCACGGUGCCUGUGGGGGUAGAUAUGGCAACAGUGACAUUUCUUGGUUCGUUCUGUGUUUAUUUGAACAAAUUGUUUUUAUUUUCAGAACCGUUUGCACAGUGGCAUUACGAGAGUUUGGCAUUGUGUAGCAAUGCAUAGAGGACGUUGUUACAUAUAAGCAGCAGGUUAAGUUUACUAUAUAGCUUAUUUGCUCUGAUGUCAAUUUGAUGUGCCCUCUUGUCCACAACUUUAGUUUCACCUUCAUCGGGCAGUAGUUUGUACAAAAAAUAUUAAUUUGCACAUGUUUCUUUUUUUCUUUUUUAACAUGUUUGAGGGCAUUACUGCUGGUUGUCACAUGAAAAGCAAAUUGACCGACCCCACUAUACUCCAUUUCACCUUAUGUUGUACCGCAGCGAAGGCUAGAAGCGAGAGCUCAUAGCGUUGGCAGCUGCCCUUGGUGCACGAGAGCUUGUGCCGCCGAGAUGUGCCCUAGAGCAAGGAGCUGGCGCUUGUAGCCUUUCCUGCGGUCCGACACAAGGUGAAACAGAGUAUAGUAAGGAGCAAAGUCUGAGUCACAAGUGCAAGCAUGUUGCUUUGAACAGUUCUUGCAGCAUGUGCAUACAGUAGGCGAGCAUGUUGCUUUGAUCAGUGCUUGCAGUGUGUGCACACGGUAGGCACGCUCAACAAGCAAUGCCCAGUCUUGUGUUUUUAUUGGCUUUGCUAGCACUUGCAUUGAAAGGGGAGAAUUGUUUGUUGUAGAAGCUGUAUGCACACAUCCAUUUGGGUUAAUGGGGCCGAGGAAGAGUGUACAAAGUAUAAUUAAAUAUUAUAAUGAA